AAUUAUCCCCAUUGUCUGCGACUGUGGCAGUGCAAUAUAUUGAAAAAAAAAAAAAAAAAAGGAAGCAAGAGCCUCGACUUCGAGAGAGGGAGAGAGUCGGCAUUGACUUCCAAAUUUGGGCUUUUUUAUAUUUUCAUUUACUUCAUUUGUUUUUUGUUGCGUCAGGAUUGGGGAAUGAGUGUUUUUGUUUGAGGAAUAUCAUGAUUCAUGGCCUUUUGUAGAUCAUACUUACUGCUGGUUUGAACCGUGGUGUUUGUUUCAAUGGUAAAGAAGAUGGUUUUGUUGGGUUCUAAUGCCUGUCCUCUCUGAAUCUUUAUCCAUAUGCUCAGGUUGGAGAAAGUCAUCAACUGAUUUCUGUUUUGACUAUUGAAGAAACAUGAAGUUUGGAUCAAAGAAAGGAUGGAAAUCCAUUAUGCCUCUUCGUUUGAAAAGAAAAUCAGCCACUCGGUUUUGUGUGUCUCGUGUGAAAAGCAAAUCUGCCACCCAAUUUCGUAUGUUCCCCAAGAUGAAGUCAACUAGCUAUGGUCCGGGCAAUACACCAGUCUAUCUCAAUGUCUAUGACUUGACACCCAUGAAUGGCUAUGUUUACUGGGCAGGCCUUGGUAUAUUUCAUUCUGGUGUGGAAGUUCACAAUGUAGAAUAUGCGUUUGGAGCUCAUGACUACCCUACAAGUGGGGUUUUUGAGGUUGAACCCCGGCAGUGCCCAGGCUUCAAGUUCAGGAAGUCAAUAUUCAUUGGGACCACGUGCUUGGAUCCUAUUCAGGUGAGAAAGUUCAUGGAGCGCCACUCAGCGAGCUACAAUGGUGAUACCUAUCACCUAAUUGCCAAGAACUGCAAUCAUUUCUGCAAGGACGUAUGUUACAAGCUCACAGGAAAACCAAUUCCAAAAUGGGUGAAUCGACUGGCAAAAAUAGGUUCAAUAUGCAAUUGGGUACUACCUGAAGCCCUCAAGAUAUCUGCUGUGAGGCACGACCCUAGUUACCAACUCUAUGAUAGCGAGAAGAAGAGGCUAACCGGUGCCUUCAGUUGCCUAUCUUCCAUCUCCAUGCGCCAAAAGCAAUUGUCAACAUCUUCAUUGUUUCUACAAUCACCCUUGAAAGGAUGUUUACCACCAUGGGAAUUGAGAAGGUCUCACAACGGUUCCUUCAAAGAAAGGUGAGAAAUUGCUUGAAACGUAUGCAAUCAAUGGAUGUUUUUAGUACAUUGAACGGCUUAGCUUGUCAAGGGAAAAUUCGUUUUGUCUGCCAGCCCUUAAAAGGUGUGCUGCCCUUUAGUUUUCUUUUGAAUUUAGUACAGUUUGUGAGCUGAUGCUUCUCCUCAUUGUAACAUUAAUCUGCUGUCAAAAACACUAAGAAGAAACCAUAUAUGUCAAAGCAUUGCCGUCCUUUAGUA